CGAAGAAUACCACGACGUCCUCUACGCCGGACACUUCGGUAGCAACAAGACGCUGACCGGUAUCGCAAAGCACUACUACUGGCCCCACUUGGCAGAAGAUGUCCAGAAAUUCGUCACCUCGUGUGAUACAUGUCAGCGGAUGAAGAGCAGCAAGCAGAAUAAGGCAGGACUACUGCAGCCUAUUCCUGUCCCAGAACAACCAUGGCAAGUGGUUAGCCUGGACUUCAUCACCGGGUUACCACCUACCUCCAGCGGUCAUGACGCCAUCCUUGUCGUCAUUGACAAGUUCUCCAAAAUGGGACACAUCAUGCCGACACACACGACAGCACGCACCGAAGAAACAGCACAACUCUUCGUUCGAUACAUCAUCUCACAGCAUGGCAUUCCAACCACACUCAUCUCCGACCGAGACCUAAGUUCACCAGCAAGUUCUGGAAGGAAACUUAUGUCUCUCCUCGGGACCAAACUCGCCAUGUCAUCUGCUUACCAUCCGCAGACAGACCGGACAGACUGAGCGCCUCAACCAAAUUGUUGAGCAAC